GCUAGAGGCGGGGCCGCGGCGACUAGGGGCAGGCGGCGUGGAUGGCGGCGGCGCUGGGCUCCUGAGCGGGCCGGGGCCAUGAGGGCCUCCCGGCCCCAGUUCAGCAUCGAUGACGCCUUUGAACUGUCCCUGGAGGACACAGGCCCUGCUCCCGAGCCCAGCGGGGUCGCCAGAUUCGGACCCCUGCACUUCGAGCGCCGGACUCGGUUCGAAGUGGCCGAUGAGGACAAGCAGUCCCGGCUACGCUACCAGAACCUGGAGAAUGAUGAGGAUGGAGCCCCAGCCUCACCGCAACCAGAUGGGGGAGUCGGCACCAGUUCCCAGUGGUCCUUCAGCAGCACCAGCACCCAGAACUCCUCCAACACUUGCUGCAGCUGGGUCCAGCAUUCUCUGAUCCAGAAGAAUCGCCGGGUGGUGCUGGCCUCCUUCCUGCUCCUGCUGUUGGGGCUGGUGCUUAUCCUGAUCGGCGUGGGACUGGAGGUGUCCCCCUCUCCAGGUGUCUCCAGCGCCAUCUUUUUCGUGCCCGGCUUCCUGUUGUUGGUCCCUGGAGUCUACCACGUGAUCUUCAUCUGCUGCGCCUUGAAAGGCCACGGCGGCUUCCACUUUUUCUACCUGCCCUACUUCGAGAAGUGA